CUUGGCACAAACAACUCCAAAAUGGCGGAACAUUCGGUUGCGGAAGUUUUGUGUUUCUCUUUAUUUUGACAAUUUUGGCGCUUAGAACACGACGUAGACCUCUAGAGUCGGCUGGAACCAUGUCGAGUAUGUACAGACCCUCCCAGGUGGACUGGGAGAACAAGUUUUCCUCCAUUGUGCGAGAAACGGAGGCGAAUCUGGCCAAAGUUCAGGAACGUCUGAAUGCUGCCAGGACUCCCACCGGCUCUUCCCUGGAGUACCCCGGACACGGAGAUUCUUUCCGACCCAGCCGUGAGCCCAUCACCUCCACACCCAAGCCCAGGACUGUUCGGUUCUCCGAUUCUUCCAACCUGUCCACAGACCCUUUACACAUCUCCACUAAGGAGAAUAUAGACUCUGGUCAUGCUCCAGCUAUGUGGACACUGCUAUCGGAGAAACUGGAAAUGCAGUCAAAGGUUAUUGAGACCCUGAAGCGGACAGUGGAAAACUUGGAGAGGGACAGAGAUCAGCAGAAAUCCAGGGUCAAGGAUUUGGAAAAUGACCUGCGAGUGGUGAACGACCGGCUGUCGGAGCGCGGAGUUGACCUGCAGACAGAGAUGAAGAUGGAGCGGUGGCGGCGGGAGGUGGCUGCGGAGGUGCAGACCCUGCAGGGGGAGCUGCAGAACGUCCGCAGGGCGCGGGACGGGGAGCGGUACGGCAGCGAUGGGGUCAGCGCGCUCUCGCGGGAACUACACGAGAGCAAGAGGUUUCUGCAGGAAGAGUGUGAGUCUCUGAGGAGGGAGAUAGAGGGCAUGAAGACCAGGAUUGUGAAACAGGAAGUGGACCUGGCCACACAAAUCUCCCAGACCAGAGACAUCAGCAGGAGACAGGACCAUUUGGAUAAGACAGUGAAGUCUCUACAGGACAGCCAUCGGUCCCAGUCACAUGACACAAGCAGGGUGUCUGCUGACCAAUCAGAGACCUUGAAACAGAUCAAGGAACUCAAGAACUCAGUAGGAAGUAUCCAGAGGCAAAUAGACAGGACACGGGGGGAAACUAACCAACGGAGGAACAGACAAACAGAGAACGCGAGAGACAACAGCAAGUACAAGAGGCGGCCGUACAUCAGUAAGGGGUCGCGUAUGACCGGUGUUUUCGACACGUCGGAUAUCGACACAGAUGUUGACCUGAGUUCCCCAAGCGUGGCCAGCCACAAGUCGUCAGACUUCUCCUACAACAUGGACUAUCUCCGACCCAGGCCUGCUGCAACACACAGGGACAACGAUCUGAACAGUCUCAGCCCCUCCCUAUCACCAUCCCUGGACGUGACCUUGAACCUGGAUGACCUUGACCCCGGUGAUGUCAGCUCUGACCUUGACCUGGAUGAUGACUUCUUAUGAUGACAAGUGAAAGAAACUAGGGUUCACUCAAAGAAAAUAGGGACCAAGUUAUGAAGAUUUCUCAACUCAGGGAAUGACCAAUCUUCUUGGGUACAACUGUGUUUACUCAAUUGAUACUUUGUUCAUUUGUAUGUUUUUUUUUACCUUUGUUUCUAUAGGUAGUUACCAUCUAUCAAUCUGAUAUUAUAUGAUGGUGGUUUUGUACAUUUUUUUGUACGUUCAAGUAUGAGAUGCCAUCCUCGUGGAUGGGAAUAUGGGAUCCUUAGUAAACUAACUAGGAAGGCACCCACAUUCCUAGAUAAUGACAAGAAACUGAUGCCUUCUUGAUUACUUGAUAAGCCAACAGUUGAGCUGAAAGAGAAAAGAGAUUUAAGAAUGGAAAAAGGCCACCUUAUGUAGAAGAUAAAGAUAGACAUAUUUUGGUCAUUGAUUUUAAAGAACUUAAUCUUUUCUUGGGGAACUAGAUUAUUAAGUUGAUGAACAUGUUGCAGUGAAUUCUCUACUUUAGUAUUCAGUUGUUUUUUGUUUUGUGUUGGAAACAUUUUUAAGACAUAACAAUGCCCAUGAGAUAUACAAGCAUUCGGAUGGCAUUUGAAAAAAACAACAUUUGAACAAAUUUGAAACUGUUUGAUUUUUCAGAUCAGAGUCAUGAUUUAUUUUUGUCUGAGUGAGUCUGUAUUUGAACAUAAAAGUUUGUAAGGAAAUAAGAUCCACUUGCAAUAAUUAAGAUAAAAGGUGGGAAAUAAUUUUCUAUUUUUUGACAAUGGAGAAAACUUAAGUAAUUAAAAGUGGCAGCUAAAACGCUUUUACAUCAUCUGUUAUUGAAACAAAAUUAUAAGUUUUGAAGCCUCAGCGACAAACAGACUUCCCUGUAUGUUCUUUAUCGUUCUUGUCUAGCAAGUGUAACAUCAAAAACACUAAGACUGGUGUUUAUACUAGUAGACAUACUUUAAGUCAGUAACAAUGUUCAAGACCUGGUACAUGUAGUUCUAUAAAAUGAAUGUGUAGUUUGUGAUGUGUGUGGGCUGGACAAAUAUGAUGCAGUUGAGAGGUGUUACAUUGUAACUUAGUCAAUCCUCUUAACAUAUAAUGUUGGUAUGAUAAUGGGUUCUGCUAUUUAAAAAAAAAAUUUUUUACUAGUGAUGUUUCCUCUUUUCAGUUACACAGUUUGUGUUCAUUUAUGUUGGAGUAAUUACUACAGAUUUGAACCCUUUAACAGGUUUGCAAGAGUCAAAUAAUCUGCACAAUAUUUUGAUGCUUUGAGAUGAAGGUGCUUUCUUCCAACGGUGUCCCUCUGAAAUCUGUGAUUCCCUCAGUUUGAUUGACUUCAACUGUUUAUUCUUACGUUAUUCUCCCAUCGGGUUUGUUCAUUUUCUUCAGUCUGCAUUUGCUGCUGUUUUUCUUAUUUGAUGAAAUUAAUUUUGUUUCAAAU